GAGCUUACCCGAUUCUACCCGUCAGGGUCCUGGUUGAAUUAAGCUUAAACUUAGUACCGUUCGACCCAUUUCUUACCACAACGGGCUAAAGGACAUGGAUCCGGCCCGCUGAAUUUUCUCAUUGCUCGCCUCCCGCCCACUCCCGUGCCAGAAUCGAUCAGUUGCUGGAGGAUUGUUUAUACUUCGUGCAUUGCAGCAUUUGUUUGCUCGCAAUUUAUACAGAUAUGGCCCGUACUAGGAUCCUAUUUCUCGAUGCCUAUGACUCUUUCAGCAAUAAUGUUGUCUCCCUGCUAACUACGCUCCUAGGAGCCGAUGUGGAUAUCUUACACAUUGACUCACCUCGGUUUGACCCAAAGUCCACUAAUUUCCAGGACGACUUGAGACGGGAGCUGCAAUACUACGACGCUGUAGUAUGUGGGCCUGGGCCAGGUGCGCCGACCAAUGAUGCCGACGUUGGGUUGAUAAAGCACAUAUGGGAACUGGAAGAUGAACAUCUCCUUCCCGUGCUCGGGAUAUGCUUGGGCUUCCAAAGCCUCGCAGUCAGCUGUGGUGCGGAAAUCAGGAAAAUCCCCGGAGGCGGCCUCCACGGAAUGAUCCGUCCCAUUGACUUUUCUGACAAGACCGCACCCGGUGAUGGAAGUAUAUUCGCUGGAGUCCAACCAUUCAAGGCGACGCUGUACCACAGUCUCUGUGCAGACAUCGGCCAAGAUUUUAUAUCAGAGACAGACUGGCCUGCGUCGAAAUGGGUGUCUAACCCAGGUCUCUCCGAUAUUGUGCCAUUGGCUUGGGUUGAGGAGAGGAGAGAAAAUACCACCGAACGCAUCCUUAUGGGAAUGAAGCAUGCGACAAAACCUUUCUGGGGCCUGCAGUAUCAUCCUGAGUCUGUGUGCUCGGAGUCGAGUGGCCAUGCAAUAAUCAGCAAUUGGUUUAAAAGAGGACUUGUAUGGAACCAAGAGCGUGGUCGCACAACAAAAUCACGGCCGCAAGGUUCAGUCCCGGGUUCUAGAGCGCCUAGUCUCCUGCAGCAAUCAGCCACUUCGGCAGCUGUGCGACAAGCCGAUCUGAGCACUGUUUCAGAAAUGGAGGCCCAUGGGAUUGGUCUGCAGUACACUUCUAAGAGCAUCUCCUUGCCUUCCCACGUCGAAGUGCCGGACAUCGUGGAGCUAUUGCAGAGCAACGCGCAACAACAUAUCGUCCUGGAUUCGGCCAGCGCUCAUGCCAACCGCAUAGGGCUAGACGUUCGCGGUCGCUAUAGUAUCAUCGCUCUAGGCGUAGAAGACUCACUGAGGCUUGAGUAUCAUGUGGGCGAUCGCCACCUGAUCGCUCGCCCGCCUCCUUUGUCCGCAUCGGGACGAAGGGGGUGUGAGAGCAUCCAGCUGAAGGAAGGGGAAACGGUAUGGCAUCUAUUAUCAAACUUCAUGAGCCAAAGGCGGCUCAGCAUCUCGGAUACCGAGUCCCCUUUUCUGGGAGGCUUCAUGGGUUACAUCAGCUAUGAGCUGGGUCUGGAGUGUAUAGAUGUUCGGGCCGGAGGCUCGAGAAAGCACCACAGACCAGAUCUCUGCUUUGCGUGGGUCACGAGAAGCAUCAUAGUCGAUCAUCUUGAAGGCACACUGCGCCUUCAAAACUUGCACCCUUCUGAUGAGGUCGGAACAGAGUGGGCAGAUUCAGUUGCGACCACACUGCAGGCUUCCAGCCUUUGGACUGAUGGUCUGCGCGUCAAUCAUAACAAGCUGAAAAGUACCAGCCACUUCACGCCGCCCAUUACGCCCACAGGGGUCGCGAGUCCACCAAUAAUCGUGACUCCCAAUCCGGAACAGUACGAAUCCAAGGUGCGGACCUGCCAGGACUACAUCGCGGCAGGCGAUUCGUACGAAUUAUGCCUGACAGACCAAACGACCAUCACACGACACCCAGCCUACGCUUCCGGGGCGGACGCCGUGACCACGGACGGCUGGGCACCAUCCAGCGCCACCAAGACGCCCAGCUCGUGGCACGUCUACCGCACCCUGCGCACCCGCCAGCCGGCGCCAUUCGGGUCGUACGUCCGGCUGGGCGGCGCGACGCUCAUCUCGUCCUCGCCCGAACGCUUCCUCGAGUACGGCCGCGACGGCCUGUGCUCCAUGCGGCCCAUGAAGGGCACGGUGCGCAAGUCGCCGGCCUGCUCCACGCUGGCGGAGGCCGAGCAGAUCCUGCACAUCCCGAAGGAGGAGGCCGAGAACCUCAUGAUCGUGGAUCUCGUGCGGCACGACCUGCACGCGGUCUGCGGGCCGGGCGGCGUCGGGGUGCCGCAGCUGAUGAAGGUCGAGGAGUACGCGAGCGUCUUCCAGAUGAUCAGCGUGGUGGAGGGGCGGCUCCCGCCGGGGGGAGACUACUCGGGCAUGGACGUCCUGGCCGCCAGCCUGCCGCCCGGCAGCAUGACGGGCGCGCCGAAGAAGCGCAGCUGCGAGAUCUUGCAGGAGAUCGAGGAGCACCAGGAGCGGAGCUUGUAUUCGGGGGUCGUGGGAUACAUGGACGUGACCGGGAAGGGCGACUGGAGCGUCACGAUCCGGAGCAUGUUUAGGUGGGACGACGAGACGGUCCGGCAUGAGGACGGCAGUGAGACCGAGGUGUGGAGGAUCGGGGCCGGAGGCGCUGUCACUGCGCUGAGCACCGCCGAGGGGGAGAGAGAGGAGAUGUUCACCAAACUGAAAGGGCCACUGGGCAUUUUCGAGGAGAGGACAUGAGGUGGGAAAUUCUGCUUGCAUUUUAGGCGUUUGGGCUUCACUGGCAUGGGCCGAGCAUGAGAUACUCAACGUAUUUCACAGGAGUUCAAGAGCUUACGACAUGCAUGAUGCUGGAGCAAUCCAGUGGGUAGAUUUGGGUUCAACAAGCUUGAUAGAUGUGGCGUGAGUUUAGUCAGUAAAAUAAUUUCAA